AUGACUCUUCCAACCGGCGUCUAUCGUAUCGUCCAGUGGGGACAGCCGCAGCUUUUAACCGUCGAAAAUGGACACGUUACCGCCCUUCCUCCCGGUCGUGCGCUUCUACGGGGCCAGGAGUGGUUCAUCAAAACCCUAGAGAACGGCACGGUCGCCAUCUAG